UCUUCAACGCCAACGGAGGCUGAGUUCGGCGCCGGCCGCCAUGUCGUCGGGGAUAUGUUCACAGGGUUUGGUCUUGGCCACCGCCAUGGUUGUUUCCAGCACCUUUAUUUUCCUUACUUUUUCAAGGAAAAAACCAUCGUCUUCUUCGAAACAAACCCUUCGUUCUUGCUUGUCUUCAGAUGGAAAGAAAAGGGACAAGAAGAAGAAGAAGAAUAAGAAGGUGAAGUUUGCUGAGAAUGUGAAGGAAACAAGUGGAGAUGGGGAAGAGUAUAGGAAAGAGCAGCAGAAGAAGUUGAUUGCAGGAAGAUCAGGAUCGAAAGUUGACGGAAUUUGCAGAAACCAAAUGCCGGCGAAUAGGGUUGCUUUGUACAACGGAAUUCUGAGGGACCGUGUUCAUGUUCAUCGAAUGGGGUGUUCGUACUGAUUACUGUGAUAAGUUGUCUUUUCUGAAACCUUCUCUUCUCCCUUUGAUCUCUUUGGUAGAAUGUAAACAGAUAGAACUUUGUCCAAAUUUAUGAGUUUUUGAAUGAAGAUUUGGGCAAAUUUUGUAAA